AUGCAGGAGCAAGCUCCUCCUCCUCCUCAUGUUUCCACCAUGUCCGGCGACAACGAGGCCCGCCAGCCGACGUGCUGCGAAACCCUCUGCAGCUUAUUACUCUUCCAGGUGGUGGGUGGCCUCGUCAUGCUCUUCCUGGGUGGUUUCAUCAUGUUCGUUUGCUGGGCCUUCUACAAGCCCCACCAAAUUCGCGCCACCGUUGCGUCCGCCACCCUCUCCAACCUCACCGUCGUCUCUAGCGCCUCCUCCGCCGGAGAGGUCUCCUACAACCUCGCCGUCAACCUCAGCCUCUUCAAUCCCAGCUCGGACGUCGACAUUUACUACGACACCAUCAACGCCGAGCUCCGCUUCCGCGACGCCGUCCUCGGCCCGGCCGCCAACGGCACCUCCCCGCCCGAGUUCUACCAGCGCACGGAGACCAGCCACGACGUGAGGCUGGAGUUCGACUACGGCCGGGGCGUCGCAGUUGCCAGCGACGCCGCCGGGGAGCUCCAGACCGAGGUGAAGAGCGGGGGAGCGGUGAGCCUUGAUCUUCACGUGCACCUGCGGGUGAGCUACACCUACAGGACCACGAUACGGCAGAAGACGAGGGUGCGGUGCUCGCUGAGCAUCCCGGUCAAGGCGGAGGGCCGGGGCCCCGGCGUCGGCGUCGGCGUCGGCGGCGCUGUAGCCUCCGGCGACCAGUGCAGGGUCAAGUACCCCCGAUGGUAG